CUGGCUGGCUUGCGAUGGGCGAUGGACGCGGACAUGGGAGGGGGGGCAGAAGGUGGAGAUCCUCGGGCGUUUCUGACGGAGGAGGUCAAGGAUGCUGCUGGGAGGGUGGAUUUUGACAUGUUUGCGUACAGCAAGGAGCAGCUGGUGUACGUGGUAGAGUACAUGUUCCACUCGCUCGGAUUUGUGGACGCGUUUGGCCUCGACGAGGAGGUGAUUGUGGCGUUUCUGCACGCGCUUCGCGAGUCGUACAACAAUGUGCCGUUCCACAACUUUUACCACUGCUUCUGUGUGACGCAGAUGGCGUACUGCGUUUUCGUGGCCGCGGCGGGCGAGGACGAGAGUGUGUUCCUGAACGUGUUUGAGAAGUUUGUGGUCUUUGUCUCGGCGCUGUGCCACGACGUCGACCAUCCGGGCUUCUCCAACUCGUACCAGAUCAACGCACAGACACCGCUGGCGAUGGUGUACAACGACAUGUCGUGCCUCGAGAACCACCACUGCUCACAGGCGUUUGCCCUGUUCAAGCAGCCGGGCUGCAACCUGCUCGCACCGUUCUCGCGCGAGCAGUACAAGGAGCUGCGGCGGCUGAUGGUCAAGCUCAUCCUCGUCACUGACCUCGCCAACCACUCGGCGGCCAAGGCCAAGUUUGACGCUGCUGUCGCCGACGGUACGCUCGACCUGACGGCUCGUGCCUCGCGCGACAUGCUCUGCCAGGUCGUCAUCAUGGCAUGUGACAUCUCCAACGAGGUCCGCCCCUUUGCCAUCGCCCGUCCCUGGGCCGACCGCAUCACCGCCGAGUGGGGCAACCAAGUGGCGGUCGAGAAGGCGCUCGGCCUGCCGUUCCUUCCGUUUAUGGACGCCGAGACCGUCGUCGUGCCAAAGUCGCAAAUCGGGUUCAUCAACGACAUCCUCCAUCCCAUCUGGACCUCGCUCAUGGCCGUCGUCGAGCCAGUCCGCGCCUUUGAGGCCAACAUCCUCGCCAACCGCGAGGCGUAUGCUGUCGAGCUGGCCUCGCUCACGCCCGCACAAAAGUAAGGCCUGGCCCUGCCUCUGCCGCUCGUUUGUUUGAGAUAAAGCUGAGUCUGCCUU